AUGGAAGGGUCCAUCCGACUCCUGGCCUACUUGGCAUGUGUUGUCCCGAUGGGCUCGAUUAUGAUAACUAAAAGAAAUACUACCGAGAACUUGCUCAACACAGAGGCACACAGCGCGCCAUCGCAGCGCUGGUCCAUGCAGGUGCCGGCCGAGGUGAGCGCGGCGGCGGGCGACGCGGCAGUGCUGCCGUGCACCUUCACGCACCCGCACCGCCACUACGACGGGCCGCUGACGGCCAUCUGGCGCGCGGGCGAGCCGUACGCGGGCCCGCAGGUGUUCCGGUGCGCGGCGGCGCGGGGCAGCGAGCUCUGCCAGACGGCGCUGAGCCUGCACGGCCGCUUCCGGCUGCUGGGCAACCCGCGCCGCAACGACCUGUCGCUGCGCGUCGAGCGCGUCGCCCUGGCCGACGACGGCCGCUACUUCUGCCGCGUGGAGUUCGCCGGCGACGUCCACGACCGCUACGAGAGCCGCCACGGCCUCCGGCUGCACGUGAUGGCCGCGCCUCGGAUCGUCAAUAUCUCGGUGCAGCCCGGCCCGGCGCACGCCUUCCGCGCGCUCUGCACCGCCGAAGGGGAGCCGCCGCCCGCCCUCGCCUGGUCCGGCCCGGCCCUGGGCAACGGCUCCGCCGCCGUGCCCGGCGGGGCUCAGGGUCUCGGCCACCAGGUGACCGCCGAGCUGCCCGCGCUGACCCACGACGGCCGCUACACGUGUACGGCCGCCAACAGCCUGGGCCGCGCCGAGGCCAGCGUCUACCUGUUCCGCUUCCGCGGCGCGACGGGGGACUCGGCCGUCGUUGUCCUGCUCGGCGCGCUGGGGCUCAAGGCGCUACUGCUGCUCGGAGUCCUGGUCGCCCGCGCCGCCCGCAGCAGCGCAGAGCACCCGGCGACACAGGACACCCCACCGAGGCCCCAGGCUCAGGAAUCCAAUUAUGAAAAUUUGAGCCAGAUGAACUCCCGGGCGCCAGCAGCAGCCCGGUGCUCACCGUGAGGAGCCCUGCGGCCACCGACGCCCAUCUGUGCACCGUGAGGAAUAAAGGCCGAUUCCAGGCCCAGCUGGUCCAGCCCUU